AUGGCGAGCACCCCCGACGACCACCUGCACGACCACCUCCUCGACGCCGACGCCGACGCCGUGCCGCUCGCGCCGUGGAGGCUGGCCUGGCGCUCCAAAGCCGAUGACCGCCCACUGCCGGCCGUCCCGGCGACGUCCCACGACCGGCAGCGCGCGGCGGCGCACGACCACGCACUCGACGUCGACGCGCUGCUGGCCGAGUCGCAGCGGGCGCCCAAGGCGCUGGCCGAGCGCACCGUGCUGUACCUGGCGUACGGCUCCAACAUGAGCGCGCGCACGUUCCGCCACACGCGCGGCAUCGAGCCUCUCUCGCAGCUGGCCGUGUGCGUGCCCUCGCUGGCGCUGGCCUUCGACCUGGCCGGCUUGCCGUAUCUCGAGCCGUGCUUUGCCGCGGCCCAGCAUCGCGACCAGGAGCAGCACCAGCAUUCCAACCCAGACCACGCCCCGCUGCUCGCCGCCCACGACGCCGCCAGCUGGCACAAGCCGCUGGUCGGCGUGGUGUACGAGGUGACGCUGGCCGACUACGCGCGCAUCAUCGCCACCGAGGGCGGCGGCGCGUCGUACACCGACCUGACCGUCGACUGCUUCCCGUUCGCCGACGACCACCACCACCACCGCCCCUACGACCCCGCCGCGCCCGUGCCCGCGCGCCCGUCCACCACGCCCUUCCGCGCCCACACGCUGCUCGCGCCCGCCCGCCACAGCGUCGACUCGCGCGCCCGCCGCCCGGGCUACCCGCAGCCCUCGCCGCGCUACCUGGCCCUGCUCGUCGCCGGCGCCCGCGAGCACCGUCUGCCCCACGAGUACCGCGCCCAUCUCGCCACCCUGCAGCCCUACCGUGCCACCACCGCGCGCCAGCGUGUCGCCCGCGUGCUGUUCGCGCUGAUGUGGGCGCCGCCGCUGCUCGCCCUCAUGUCGCUGGGCGCUGCCCUGGCCGACCAGCGCGGCCGCACCCCGUGCUGGCUGGCCGCCCUGCACAACCGCCUGUUUGCCGCUAUCUGGUGGACCUACGACCUGGGCUUUGCGCGCGUCUUUGGCGACGGAGAGCGCACUAUUGGCACGUAG